AUCAACGGUUGCCACUUUGUUGAUAGAGAUCUGAGCAUGCGUCUCACAUUCCAACUGAUACCAACUUUGUUCUGCCUGUUAACAUGUACCAGUGAUGUUGUCCAGGGACAGAGAAGGACCUGCCAACCCUCUCUCAGAGAGAUCGUCCACAUGGCAAACUCUCUUACUAUGAAAAAGUUUCCCUGCUUUGAGAUGGAAGUGCCGGACAUCUUUGAGGAUACAGAGAAUUCCAGUACUCCGAAGCUGUUUCCUGAGGAGUCAUCAUGCUCUCAGCUGGUCAUGACAAUGAAUGACUUUGAAACAUUAUGCAGAGCUGUCACUGUGCUCCAACAGGUCUCCAACAGCUGCCCAUUCCCUAAGCUAAGCAACAUGCUUAGGAACCUAAUGCACUUAGUGAAUCAGACCAAAUGUCCUGUGAAUGAAACCAAGAUUACUAAAUUGCAAGAUUUCCUGAGCAAACUAAAAACCAUCAAUCAGAAGAUAUUUUCAAAAAGUGCACAGUUUUAGAGAAUAAAUUUUAAUUUAUAAGUUUCUAAUAGUUAUAUAUUUUAAAUAUAUUUAUAUAUUUAUAAUAUAUCAUUAAAGUACAUAUUAAGAUUGA